AUGGCACUGUAUGGAACCUCUGACGCUUUGAUGUGCAGGGCAUUUCCCACAACUCUGAGAGGGCCAGUUCGCACGUGGUACAGCGGCUUGAAGACCGGUACGAUUGCCUCCUUUGACCAGCUCGUCAAGGACUUCGAGCUUAACUUCCUGGCCUACGCCCGGCCGAAACAUUUCGUUGCACUGCUCCUCGGACUUAACCAGAGGGAGGACGAGCCCCUCUCCUAUUUUGUGAAUCGCUUUGCAACACAGAUCCGGGGGUUAGCGGACGCUCAUCCCUCUCUGUUAAUGCAGGCGUUUAUGAUAGGCCUGCGACCUUCCAGAUUCUUCUAG